UCAUCUGAUCAAUGUAUCAGAGCAGCCCGAAAGCACUACCAGGUAGAUGGCAGGCCAUUGUGCUAUUUGUUUGAGGAUACGACUGUCAUGAUUGUUUUGGAACACAUGAUCCACGACACGUCACGUCCAUUUACGACUUUACGAUGACAACGAUCUGUUCGAAUUGAAACGCAGCAAGCGACUGAUCUUUUGAAAACUCAUUUCACUUUCCACCCGGUUCAGGUCUCUCUUCCGGGUCUGGAUUCUCUUCUCCUGCAUGGAUAUAGAGACUUAUGAUCUUUGACGAAUGCAUUAGCAACAACGAUCACCAUCUACAACCGACCAUAUUCGAUCUUUACCUGCACAAAUUUUUCUUGUUGUCUAUUGUUUUGAAGGAGUGGAAAGCUACGAGAAGGAGAAUAUAUGCCUGCACAUAUCGAUGGCACACAUAUGACACAUAUCUUGCUACGCUCGACUGUGUUGGGGAAGAUCACUGCAUCAUCUCAUCUUACCUUCAUAUUAUCAACCACUUCACGCCAUACCUCAACACAUUUACUUCUGCCUUCAGCCAUCCCUCUUGUCCUCUUUUCUCUGAUGUAUCAAUGCUUGGUGGCAUUUCUUUGAAUCUCGGAUCUUUGGUGAGCAGCGGCGAUCGAGCAUCAGCUUUCUGGGUAGCAUUCGGUGGCAUUGGGGAUAACUAGGCACAUCUACCGUUGACUUUAUUGGAUGGGUUUGUUGGGUAGCUUAGACUCAGUGAAUAUAAUAACAUCCUCAAAAC